AUGGACCUCAUUUCCAGUUUGGGGGUGUUCCCGACGUCUGUGCCGGAUUGGACAAAUCUGAACGUCCUGCACCGAAACACUCUAGCUCCCCGCGCACACUUCUACUCGUACGCCAGCGAAGAGUCUGCCCUGUCAUUCAAUCGCGAGCAGAGCGAGUUUCUCAGUCUCAAUGGGACUUGGAAAUUCCACUAUGACCCGAGCCCAUUUGAAGCUCCCGUUUGGGAGACGGCAAACGUAACCUCGUGGGACGACAUCGAGGUCCCUAGCAUGUGGCAGCGUCAGGGCUACGGUAUACCUCACUACACCAACAUUGACUACCCUUUUCCUGUCACACCGCCUAAUGUCUCCUACAUCAACCCGACUGGAUCGUAUUGGCGGGAGUUUGAAGUGCCGGGAGACUGGGACGAGGACCAGCAGAUCCGCUUACGUUUCGAAGGCGUCGACAGCGCUUUUCACGUUUGGGUGAACGGCGAGGAGGUCGGUUACAGCCAAGGAAGCCGUAAUUCCCACGAGUUCGACAUUACUGACUAUCUCACUCCUGGCGAGGCCAACUCGCUGGCUGCUCGUGUCUAUCAGUGGUCUGAUGGCUCAUACAUUGAGGAUCAAGACCAGUGGUGGAUGUCGGGUAUCUUUCGAGAUGUUUACCUUGUUCCUUUCCCUCGCUCUUCGAUUGUCGACUAUUUUGUCAAUACUGAGGUUGAUGACUCCUUCGAGAGUGGUACUCUCAAGCUCAACGCGACGAUCCAAGGCCAACCAGGAACCAUGACGGUUAAACUACUCUCUCCUGACGGUACCACACUUGACGAGUGGUCUGGUACAUCUUCUGAAAUAUACGAACACAAGAUCGAAGGCGAGAAUCUCCAUCUAUGGUCCGCUGAAACGCCCACGCUCUACACCCUUCUCGUCACAUUCAACGGCCGAACCAUCAGCCAACGAGUUGGACUUCGUCGCGUCGAGAUUAGUGGUUCCAACUUCCUCGUCAACGGAAAGGCUAUUACCAUCUAUGGCGUCAACAGGCACGAGCACCACCAUAUCUCUGGCAGGACCGUUCCUUAUGAGAAUAUGAGAGCCGAUCUCAUCACGAUGAAGCGCUCCAACAUCAACGCCAUCCGCACCGCCCACCAGCCCCCACAUCCGGAUUUCUUCGACGUUGCGGAUGAGAUCGGCUUCUAUGUUAUCUCCGAGGCGGAUCUCGAGUGCCAUGGGUUUGACAAGGUCGAGGAGACCAAGGAGGCGAUGGCAGAGUGGACUUCGCAGAAUCCCGAUUGGGAGGAUGCAUACGUUGACAGAGCCCACGCCGUUGUCGAAAGAUACAAGAACCAUGCGUCGGUCAUCAUCUGGUCGCUUGGCAACGAGUGCUUCUAUGGCAAGAACCUAGAUGCCAUGGCGAAGUGGAUCAAGCAGCGGGAUCCGAGUCGCAUCACUCAUUAUGAGCCCGACCGUGAAGCCGAGUCGGUUGAUAUUUACAGCCAGAUGUAUUCAACACCGGAAAGCAUUGUCAAGUUCCUCAGCAAUCAUACGGACAAACCCUUCAUUUUGUGUGAAUACGCACACGCGAUGGGCAACGGUCCAGGUGGUUUGAAGGAGUACAUCGAGCUCUUCCGAUCGGAGCCCUUGAUUCAGGGCGGACUCGUGUGGGAAUGGAGCAACCAUGGACUCCUCAAGAAAGAAGGUGACCUCGAGUAUUACGCUUACGGUGGAGAUUUCGGUGACGAACCCAACGACGCCGACUUCAUCAUGGACGGGCUCGUUCUCUCCGACCACACUCCCAUGCCUUCGCUCAUUGAUUAUGCCAAAGCAAUUCAGCCAGUGACAGUGAAGCUCUCCGAAGACGGACGCCAGAUGGUUGUCACCAAUCACUAUGACUUCCUCGACGUCACUGAGCUCGAUGCUUCUCCAGGAUGGGAAGAACCCACUACUUCUCGUGCCUUGGAGCUGCCAAGUAUCCCGGCUGGGGAACAGCGCGCUGUCAAUCUGCCCACAGGGAAUUCGAGCUUCUCUGAUGAGGCAUGGAUUACCGUCGAGUUCACGUUAAAGAAUGAUACGGUUUGGGCAGCGGAGGGUCACGUCGUGGCUUGGGACCAGCUCCAUCUCAACGCUCCAGCAACGACUAACCGAACACGUCGGUACAACUCUCCUGUACAAGUCCGACAAUCGCAAAAUCUCGAGGUAAAGCAGGAGAGAACACAUCUCGUGAUAAAGAACGGCGAUGCAUCUUUUGACUUUGACCUUCUUCAAGGAAACGUUACCUGGAAAGUGGACGACGUCGACGUGUUUCAGCGCGGACCCGAGCUCUACUUCUACCGCGCCCUAACCCAGAACGAUGCUGCAUAUUGGGGCGAUGGCCCUAUCUGGGAGGAGGAACGGGUCGGCAGCAUGCACACACAGGUUCGCGAUGUUCGCUGGCAACAAGGCGAUGACGGCUUCAUUGUCAACUACCAGGUUCGAGUCGCCCCUAAGGCUCUUGAAUGGGGCGUGGAAGCGGAUUUGACAUACACCGUUUCAUCUGAUGGCCUCACCGUCCACGCUCGCGGUGACUUUGUUGGUAACGUCACCGAGGUCCUUCCCCGCAUUGGUCUCAUGGCUGUUUUGCCCGUUGAGUUCGAUGAAGUUGCGUGGUUCGGCCGGGGACCCGGGGAGAACUAUAAGGACACAAAAGAAGGGUGUCGAAUCGGACGCUACGAGUCCACAGUGGAGGACCUAUUCACCCAUUACGACUAUCCACAGGAGAACGGCAACCGCGAAGACCUGCGGUGGCUUCAGGUCACCAAUGGCAAUGAUGGUGUUACGCUCAACGUGAAAAGAGCUGAGCCUGAGCCUUUCAGCUUUACGGCAUUGCGUUACAUGCCCUUCGACUUGGAUGACGCAGAGCACCCUCAUGAUCUUAAACCUCUGAACAUGACGGUCUUGCAUCUCGAUUACGACAACAACGGGAUUGGAUCGGCCACCGUAGGACCAAGGCCUUUCGAGCAGUACAGGUGCUACACUGAGCCGUUUGACUUCACCUUUGAGCUGAGCAUUGCGUAG